AUGGGAAUUUUGGCAUCCUACAAAAGCAACAGGACUAGUCUCCAACUCUCCAUCCCAAAAAGCAAAAGCACCAACAUGACAGUAGACAGCGCCACCAUGGAAGACAUGGAAGCCAAGGCCGAGCAGCUCGGUAUCCAAUUCUCCUCCAUAGACUUGAACUCUGCACACCCACCUCACUUUAAUUUCAGUGAAUGCCAAGAAGUGUUUUACGACGACAACGGUUUCAUCCCCAAUAUUGAGUUUGGGAGUGUGAUCGUGGUUAAUAACCUUCCCAUUGUGGAGGCAGAGAUGGCCCAGGAGCUCGAAAGCGAGAUUCGGGUGGUGUUUAGUGAAGUUGGUGUUAUUAAAGAAGAUGGGUUUUCGAUGCCUGUGAAUCCCAGCAGCCAAGAAACCUUGGGUCAUUGUUUCAUAGAGUUUAAUUCUCGUCAGGAAGCCGCACUUGCUAGGAGCACGAGAGAUGGAUACAAGUUUGGUAACUGCAAGUUGUCAGUAAGCCUCUAUGAUGCCUUUGGCAGUGUAGUUGCUACCCCUGACAUGGGGACUUAUUUAGAGACUAAUGCAUCCUUUUGUGGGUCCUCAAGGUAUCCAGGGUCUCCUUCCUUGCUUAGUCCUGUAACAGAGGAAGACGAAGAACCCGUUCAUAGUGAUGAAACUAGUGCAGAUGACCACGAUGACAUAAUGCAGUGGAGUGAGCAAGACAAUUAUAUGAGCAGUGAGGAAUUUAGGGAAGUCAUUGAAUAGAAAUAUGAUCACAAUUCCUAAUGGGGAUAUGCGGUGGAACUGAUUAGGUUACAAAUGCUCAUUUUGUCUUGUGCUGGAUCUGAUUACAAACUUUCCAACACUCUUUGGAACAUUUGACCUGCCUCCACUAGUAGGAAAUGAUUGUAUUCUUGUAAGGAUGCUGUUAUGCAGUUUGUGCCAUCAAUAUUGAAAACUAGUAUCCUCCUUUUUUUAUUAUCGGAAGGACAAA